AUGCGGACAUGUAUGAAAAUCAAGCGAAAGUUUCACAUCGUUUUCGUGCCCUUUGAAUCUCGUACUUACAUAGUAUUUUACUGCGUACUUCUCGGACCGUAUCUCCCACGAGUUGGGGUUGAAAAAAUGAAGUCUCUGUUGGUGUCUUUGAUGCUCCUUUUGUGUGUAGGUGCCCAGCAGAGAGCCCGCAAAGGCUCAGGGGUUUUGUGCAGUUUUAAAGACAAGACAUUCAAGCCAGGAGACAGUUGGCAUCCUUUUCUGGAGCCCUUUGGACUCAUUCUGUGCAUGCGCUGCUCCUGCACUGAGAGAGGCCAUGUGAAAUGCAGUAAAAUUAAAUGUCCACCUCUGCCGUGUGGCAAGCCAGUAGCCGACCCACAGCAGUGUUGUCCACGUUGCACAGACGAGCCCAAGAUCCCUGCAGGUCUGAGAGCUCCAGGGAAGUCAUGCAGCUAUAAUGGAAGCAUCUAUCAACCAGGAGAGACCUUCACCAAGCAGAACCUCGCGGCCAAGCCAAGCAACCAGUGUGCCAUGUGCUCAUGCUCGAAUGGGAACAUCUUCUGCGCAGUUAAAACUUGCCAACCCAUCAGUUGUUCUUCCCCGGUCACGCUUGCAGACACCUGCUGUCUGGUGUGUAAAGACUCCAGCGCCAGUGGGUCAUCAUCAGCAGAGGAUGGAAACCAGCAGCUGAACAGAGGCGUUAGACAUUCAGUGGACCAGUGUUCUGGAGAGCUGGAUAGAAUACAGUCCCCCCGGGUCAGGACUUCUCCCAGACGCCUGAGCCUGAAUAAACUUAACUUUAGAGGGGCUUCAGAGACCACUGUGAAGAUUUUGUUGCAGAGGAACCAUGAGAAAGCGUGUUUAUACAAUGGGAAGACAUACUCGCAUGGAGACAUGUGGCACCCGUUCUUGGGGAAGGUCCUGGAAUGUAUCGUGUGCUCUUGUAGCGACGGCCUGCAGGAGUGCAAACGCAUCACGUGUCCCAGCCAGUAUGCGUGCCAACAUCCGGUCAAGUCCCCGGGAAAAUGCUGCAAGACAUGUCCAGAACAUAAAGCUGCAAAUAACCAGACUCAGUGUAACUACAAAAGUAAACUUUCGGUGUAUAAAGUGGAAUCAGCCUUGAAAGUUGACUCCCCCAACACAGUUCGGAUAAUGGCAAUUGAAAGGACAAGUACUGCUGAUGUGGAGGUACAAGUGUGGAAGAUGGUCGAUGGUAUUUUACAACUGAUGGAAAUUGGAGAUGUUCAAAGAAAAGAUAUUCAGGAUCAUCCGGAAAAUUACACAUUACUGACAACAGUCGAUGAAGAUAUGUGGGGGAAAUUCAAAGAGGGAGGAGCCAAACUGGAUCAAGACCAGACCAUUUGCGAAGAUGGCAUUCGGGAGAUGGUGACGUUUCUCGAUCCCAAGCAGGUCGAAGGCCUCUGCUCGCCCUAACUUGUUUUCUGUAUUCACUUAUGACUGGACACUUUGGGGACUUUUAUUGAAGCAUACUUAAACUGCAUGGAAAUGAUUGGUUGUUCCAGUAUAUGGGCCACCACCUACUUGGUAUGUAAAAUUAUUAUAUUGAGUGUACAUAUUUAUUGUAAAUACUACUUUUUCUCAUGUGACGUAAA